AUUUCACAAAUCGACAUAAUUUCGAUUCCAAUUUUCUGCACGUUGACAUAAUGAUGGUUGUGAAGAAUUCGUAUAGUGCGAGCAACCAAGCUAAACAUUUGCAUCAACCUGAUAAAUCAGAGAAUGACAAGAAAGAAUAUAGAGCCAUCAGAUUGCCAAACGGUUUAGAAGCUUUGCUAAUAUCCGAUGAACAUUUAACAACAUCUUCUUCUCAAGAAAAUAAGGCAGCAUGUAGCUUAUGCGUGAACGUAGGAAAUUUCAGCGAUCCACCAGAAUUUCCGGGCAUAUCAUAUAUGUUAGCCUUUGAAUAUAUGUUUUUUCGAGAACCCGAAAAAUGUUCAGAGCAAUGUAUUCCUUUGGAAAAUUUUAUUCAUGACCAUGAUGGCACAACUCAUGUCUCAGUGGAAAACGAACAUACAAUAUUUUACUUUGAUAUCAAAGAAAAUAACUUGUUUUUAGCUCUCCAUAAGUUUGGUCUUUUUUUUGUUAAUCCUAUAAUGCCAAAACAUAUAUUUAUGGAGCAACUAAAAGCCAUAAAUACCGAGUUUCAGAUAAGCUUAUUUAAUGGCAGGUCGAAAUACGAACAACUAUUUUCCUCCUUCGCACAAACUGGUCAUCCAGCUAACAUGUUUUCUGUGGAAUAUUUAAUAAAAUUGCGCAUUAAUAUAGAUUACGACAAAUUGUUCAAUGCGCUAGACAGAUUUAAAAAGCGCCACUACAGCGCUCACAGAAUGAAGCUAGCAAUACGGUCGGGACUAUCGUUGGAUACAAUGGAAAAAUUUGUCAAAGAGUGCUUUGUCCAUGUACCAAAUAACAGAAUGCCUCCAAAUAAUUUAUUCAAAUUUAAAAAGGAUCUUCCUUUUGAUACUUCCGCUUUCCGAAAAAUGUAUAAAGUUAAUGAUGAUACGGAACAUUUGACACGACUACAAAUAACGUGGGCUUUGCCUUCAUUCUCCGAUUUUUAUAAAUAUGAUUCAUAUCAAUAUAUUCCAUGGAUUAUUGGAUAUAAAGGAAAAGGUUCCUUAAUUAGUUAUCUACGACAAAAAAUGUGGAGUCCUACAUCAGACAAUAAUAUGUUUUGUUGUGAGAUUCAACAAAAUUCUUUGUACAGCUUAAUACAACUCACCAUACCACUCACUUCUAAAGGACAAAAACAUCUGGAAGAUGUUUUAGAUGCAAUAUUUUCUUUUAUCAAAUUAUUAAAGACAGAAGGUCCGCGGGAAGAAAUUUACAAUAACAUUUUUAAGAUUAAACAACAUAUUUUUAGAUACGUUAAUUACGACAAAGAAGAUAUCUCUGAGGUAGAACUAUUCUGUAAGAAUAUGUAUUUCUAUUGGUCGAAGGAUUAUAUAACUGUAAACCAGCUUGAUUCGGAUUAUAAUGCAAAAGUUAUACAACAAUGUUUGAAUUAUUUAACACCUGAGAUGAAAAUUGAACCAUGGUGGCAUACGGAAUAUACGGAUAUUGAGAUACCGAAAGGGUGGAUCAAACGUUGGAAAGUCAUCGAGCCAUUACCAGAAUUUUAUUUACCGUUACCGAAUGUAUUCCUUAUCAAAAAUCAUCAUCUACUAAAGACAUCAAACGAAAAAAUUGAGAAAUAUCCUGUGAAAUUAUACAGUAAUUCUAUGUCGGAGCUUUGGUAUCGCCCGGAUUUUAAGUUUUGUUUGCCGAAAUGUUGUAUGCAUUUCUAUUUUAUUUCCCCUUUAAAGCUUCAGUCGUUGAAGAAUGAAGUUCUCAUGGAUAUGUACUGCAGACUAUUGGAACAGCUAUUAGCCGAAGAAUUAUAUCCAGCUUUACAGGUUGGGUUUAAAUAUGAUAUAAGUGUCAAUAGGAAUGGUUUUACACUAAAAAUAAGAGGUCUUAAUGAAACUCUACCACUUUUAGCGGCUUCUUUUGCACAUGGCAUGGUGCAAUAUUCAAGCUUAAUUACGAAGGAUAUAUUUGAAAAUACCAAAAUUCAACAAAUUCAGACAUAUUACGACUCAAUUAGCAAACCUGAUAUUUUUAUCGUCGACAUGGCAUUAUCGAUAUUGAAAUCAGUCCAUCAUUCACUAAUUGAUAUGCAUACUGCUCUACAAGAUAUCACUUUGAAAGACUUUCAAGACUUUGUGAAAUCUUUUACCGAAUGUCUAUACAUUCAAUGUCUCGUGCAAGGAAACAUAACGUCGACUGCUGCGAUCGAGACCCUACAGCAAUUUAUUAAAAUAAUUAAUUGUAGACCUUUACAUUCAAAUACGACACAACAGUUUAAAGGCACUCAGAUACCUUUGGGCAUAAGCUAUUACAAAAUUAAAAAUAUCAAUAAAUUGGAUACAAUUUCCAUGAUGUCAAAUUAUUAUCAAAUCGGCGUUACCACGAUUGAAUUAUUGACAUUAAUUAAUCUGAUAAGCUAUAUAAUGACCGAUAAGUUACACAAGCGUCUACGUACUGAUAAGUUUAUAUAUAUCACAAUUGAUGUUAGAGAUGAUGAUGGAAUUCUAGGAUAUUCCAUUACUGUUUGCAUUCAGGCAAGUAAAUACACAACCGAAUACAUUGAUAAGGAGAUCGAUGAAUUUUUGAGAUGGUUUAAAAACGAUUUGGAAAAACUCACAGAAAAGGAAUUGGAUGAUUACAAAGAAAUAUUCCUAAAAUCUAGAUUACAUGACAAUGCCAAUCUUGAAGACGAAGUUGAAAGAAAUUGGGAGGUGAUUGUGAAAUGUACUUACAUAUUUGAUUUUCACGAACAGGAAAUACUUGCUCUAAAGAAAAUAAAUGUUAAUAAGCUGAGGGAAUGGCUUGCAGACUACAUAUCGAAUGAAAGUAAUUUUAGAAAAUUGAGUUUACAUAUUGUAGGAUCUAUUCCCAAAAAAACGAAAUACGUUCAUUUGGAAUACAUAAACGACGAUAAUCAUUGA